UUUAUGCAUCGGCUGCGCUGGAUAAUCCCUGUAGGCGACUUGAAUCAGAAAUUGCUGCCAAAGAAGGCCAGCCUCCGAUCUGUAUAAUCUCUGAUAUCUUCCUUGGAUGGGCUACUAAUGUUGCCGAGAGCUUCCAAACUGUCAAAUGUUACUUUCACCACCGGCGGUGCUUAUGGCUUCACAGCCUCUGUGUCGGUGUGGCAAAACCUCCCCCACCGCUCGGCAGAUGAAUUUCAGGGACCGGGUUUUCCCGAUUCAUGCCAUUAUGUCUCAUAUUCAUCGAUUCUUGCUAGAAGCUGAGGGCACUGACUCAUGGUCGCGGUUUUUCCCGCCCCAGAUAUCACUUUCUUUAGGCUCUUUUGGGUGGCUAUGAAACACUGCUGAAGAAAUUGAGCCUCUUGGUUUGGAGGUUCAUAGAAACUAUACCAAACGUCCUGUUUGGGCGCUUGGCCCCUCUUCUCCCUCCAGGGAUGCUUACCCAUUCAAAGACUUUAGGCCAGCACAGUGGUAGAGAACCUGCAAUAUCCCCCAGAAAUGCUUACAAUGGCCGGAUCUGCACCCACAAGGUUCUGUGCUUUACAUUUAAUUUAGUUCACAGCACACAAUCCGUCCUGCCCAGAUGAUGGAAUUGGCAAAUGGGUUGGAAGACAGUGGCAGACCUUUCAUUCGGGUGAUAAGGCCUCCAAUUGGCUUCCACAUCAAGGGUGAGCUCAGAGCAGAAUGGCUGCCAGAUGGGUUUGAAGAGAGGAUUGUGGAGCGGAGAUGGGGCUUGUUGGUGAGAGGGUGGGCACCUCAGCUUGAGAUUUUGUGCCACAAAUCGACCGGAACUUUUCUCAGCCACUAUGGAUGGAAUUCAGUUAUGGAGAGCCAGAGAGUUGGUGGUGGACAAGAAGAAAGGGAAGGGAGAAGAGAUGAAAAGAAAUGGGACUUUUUGACAGAAGAGGGUAGUGAUCGCAAGGGUUCUUCUCUCCAAGCAAUGGACCAUUUUGUUUCUGCCCCUUUAUCUCAGCAGCUCUAUCUCAGAGGCAAGGAAGCAAUUGCUGCUUCGAGCAACUGAAACUUGGACACAAAAUUCUGACAGUUAUAAGUUGAAAAAAAUCAUUUGAGGGGGAGGAGAGGCUUUAGGGCAAUAAAAAAAAAAAGAGGAUUCGGAUGCGGGUUGGACCCAGGCUUUCGGGUGGACCCGAGACACACAUGAACCGGGCCCCUCAGAUUCCCGCCAAAACUAGUUCUCGACCUUAGAUUUAUUUUUAUAUAACUGAAGAUGGAGCAACUGUCGAAGGACCAAUUGGAUCGGAAUCAGAAGAAAUGGAGCAGGGAGGCGCGGCGCCGACGGGGUGUUACAAGUGCGGCCGGCCAGGCCACUGGUCCAGAGAUUGCCCUUCAAAUCCAAACCCUAAUCCAUCGUCCAAUUCGUCUGCAUUCAAGGCCAGUGCUGAAGGUUCUGGUCGAGGGUUUGGGGGUCCAGUUCCAAAGCCGUCUGAGAAGCCAAAGAAGGUGCCGAGAACCAGACCUAAGUUGACGCCUGAGCUUCUUCUCUCCGAUGAUGGCAUUGGUUACGUCCUCCGCCACUUUCCCCGCGCUUUCAAGUUCCGCGGUCGCGGACAUGAGGUCAGUGAUCUGGGGAACCUAAUUGGUUUAUACGCUCAAUGGCAUUCACAUUUGCUUCCCUACUAUUCAUUUGAUCAGUUUGUACACAAGGUGGAACAAGUUGGCGCCACAAGACGUGUAAAGACAUGCCUUGGAGGAUUACGGGAUAAAGUUGCCAAUGGAGGAGAUCCAACAAACUUUCAUGAAUCCCUGGUUGAACAUGACAUCUCCAAUAAUGAAGAAGGACCUACUUCUGUCCAUGAGGAUUCAUCUUUGAAAAACAAUGAAACUGAUGAUCUACAAGAGGACAUGCUUCAAGAGAUUCAUAAGCAGGCAACUGAACAGCAGCAGCAGCAGCAGCCGUCUCCAGCAUUUAAUGGUGAUGCUGUUGCUACUCAUCAAGCAAAUCAAGCCCCAGAUAACAUCGUAUCUAACACCUCUAGCCAAAUUCACAUCUCGGAAGAUCAAAAGGCUCGCAUGGAAGCCAACAGGUUGAAGGCCUUAGAGAGAGCUGCCGCUGCUGCUGCUGCUCGUGCUAGCUCUUCCAAAACAGCUUGAUUGUUGUUCUCUUCUCUUGCUUUGCUUGCCGGCAUCAAACUCAUCUUCCCUUGUUUUAAUUAUGUAUUGACACUAGUAGCUCCGAUUUCAAUAUCACUAGUUCCCAUCCAAAGAAAAAGUCUGUUCUGUAUUAAUUUUUGGUCAGAAGGUACGUUUUAAUGGAGGAAGAAUGUAAAUCAACUUGUGUCGGAUGCCCAUAACUCAUAUUGCACGUUUCAUUGACCAACUUACUUAUAAAUGGUAUCUUGAGAUUUUCUUAA